GCAUAUACUACAACGACGACUUUUGCAAGUACAUGCGUGUAUGAAGGCAUAUACUACAACGACGACUUUUGCAAGUAAUCUCUCUCUCUCUCUCUCUCUCUCUCUCUCUCUCUCGGCGUAAUUGCAGUCAGAGGUGUGUCAGAUGCGUCCGGAUCUGGCGGGAGUUGCGGUCAGAUGCAUGCAGGAAAGCUGUACCGAUAGCACAGCAUGCGAAUUGCGAAAGAUGAAUUGAGUAGACUCAGUAGAGUUUGAAGCCCAUCGGGUGCUCUUCAGAGGAUGAGUAAAUUCUCUUUGUCGUUUUCUCUCUGCGAUUCUUUCUUUCUUCCUUCCUUCUGUGCGCCUGUCCAUCUUCCGCUCUACCGUCCCUAACUGAUCUGCCGCUCUUCGCUGUCUUGUCUCUCUUGUCUGAAAAGAGUGUGCCGGUUUUUUUUUGUUUUUUUUUUCGGUUGUUGUUGUUGUAAUACCAAUUUCGUGUGUAGAGGGGUGUGUAGGGGUGUGUAAGUGAGAGACCGCGAAAGGGAUUGCAAUCGAGAGCAAUCAAAAAGUCCUGGCCCUCGACCGCAACCUGUGAAGCACUUAGCAAUUUUCGCUGUCCUUCUCCUCCUCCUCCUCCUCCUCCUCUCUCUCUCUCUCUCUCUCUCUCUUUGUCUCCCUGUUAUCUUGUUCUUCUGUUUGUCUCUCUCGCUUUGUUAUCCGCCUUUCUCUCUUUCUCUCUGGUGGUGCUGCUUGUCUCUCUCUGAGCAAGUCAAGUGUUUUAGUGGAUUGACAGCGAUGGGGACCGCUGUGAAAGUGAUGACGGCAAAGGUUUUGUCGCCUAGUGAGCCGCUGCUAUCUAGGUGUCGCGAUCCCGACCGUAGGAACGAGGUCCGUUCGGUAGCCGUGUAUCGGCGCGCAGUGGUUUAUCCAGUUACACGUGUUUGCACGACAUCGAGGGGUCAGGCCAUCGUGCGGUUGAGCUUGUCAUCUCCGUUCAAUGGAGCGCGCCGAUUCUGCACACGCGUCACGCGCAAUUCCGCUCUUCGUCAUCGUGGGAGAAAGGGUGAGAGAGAAGGUAAGAAGAGAGAUGCUGAAGGUGUAGGUGGUUCCUGUGGACAUCAGGAUGAUGGCGUUGUUUUCAGCACUUGUGUCGAAAGCAAGUCGUUCCACGUUGGACAUAGGCUUGCAUUUGUGGAACAGAAGAAGAACUGGGGGGAAGAGGAGGAGGAGGAGGAGGAGGAGGAAGAGGAGGAGGGGCUAACGAGGAAGAAGAGUUUGGCAAGUGGAUCCGCCAUAUCCAUGUCGGGAUCGGGAGCUGGAAAUGUGAGGAGGGGACAUCUCCGCACGGGAUCGCCACGGUGGUGUGUAGACGAGGCGGGUGUUCUUCGUCGACCAUCGGGAUCGGGUUGGAAGACCGACCACCGCGCCAGGUUGUCUAAUCUCUCGACUUCGGGAAUCUUCAGGGAAGGGAGCCUGCAGGUUUGGCCCAGGUCGAUUGUUGCCGUCAACAAAUUAGGAAGACCUGGGAGGGGGCAGCGGGCGUCUGCCCUUGGUGAAAGCAUAGCUGGGGCCACGCCGGCGACCAACGAUUGUGUUCGAGAUCCUUCAGCCAACAAUCAGAGUAAAUAUAGCGAGAAUAAUAAACGUGCGUUCUAUUCGGGUGAAGACCGCAGUACAGAGGAAGGGCCACAGACAGCAGCACAGGGGAAGGGCCACGGGCAGCAGAUAGAGGAAAUCUCGAGUGCCAACCAACUCUGCUAUGUGAAAGAAAGGUAUUAUGCACCGUCACUGGGAUUCCUUAUGUUUGCUGUGGGAGUGAAUCUGAGCUUGGAUGACUUUAAGCUCGCAUUCCGCCGAUUAGAUGUUAUUGCUCUCGGCUAUAUAGGGCAGUUCGUUGUGAAGCCUAUCCUGGGCUAUUUGCUGGCAACAACAAUUGUACCUUUUCUCAGACUGCCAGAAGCCAUUGGAUCGGGCAUCAUUCUCGUAUCGUGUGUAAGCGGUGCACAGCUGUCGAACUAUGCGACAUAUCUGGUGAACAAGAAGAUGGCUCCCCUCAGCAUUGUGAUGACGGCGCUGUCAACGGCGUCGGCGGUGUUUGUCACCCCUCUUCUCACACUCUUUCUUCUCGGCAAACGACUUCCUGUGAAUGUGCCCGGAAUGAUCAUUAAUAUUAUUCAAAUUGUGCUCGUUCCGAUCGCGACUGGCCUCUUAUUGAACAGAUUUGCAGCCCGGGUAACCAAGUUGAUUAGGCCGUUCCUGCCCCUCAUGUCGGCCGCCGUUACGGCGCUGUGUGUCGGGAGCCCAUUGUCUGUGAACAUCAACGCUCUGCGCUCGCCAUUCGGUUUGACCAUCCUCCUCCCAAUCGUGCUCUUCCACUGCUUGGCACACUUUUGCGGCUUUUAUCUCGCCGGUGAGGUUUUUGCAAACGACAAAGAGAGAACGGGAAUUAUGCGCACAAUUUCAUUUGUCACAGGAAUGCAGAGUAGUCUUCUUGGCCUUGCGCUUGCGAAUCGGUUCUUUGAAGACCCAUUAGUGGGGCUACCAUGCGCAAUUUCGAUGAAAGUGUUGAAGGCCAGCGUACUGUCGCUGCAUGCGCACGUGGACAAUAGGAUGGACUUCAUGCAGAACUCCUUGGACCAAAUCUUGGACCUUUUGCAAAGGCCAGGAUCACGGCCAGCAGCACAGUCGUCGUUGCCGGUAACGGCGAUGUUAGGCCCCUUUCCGGUACAAGCUGGCACACAGCCAAGUGGUAUGUCUGCAGCAGCCGCACAAACUGUUACUUCUUUUUCUUCUGGUCCAGUGGUGAUAGCUACACCAUCACCGCAACAAACUGUUCCACCACAGGGACAGCAGCAAGGUCAAUGGUACCCAAAGACCCCAAUGAAACCGCCCCUUGCCUUGUCCGAUGAGAAGAAGGACGAGGAACUCAACACAUGGUUGAGAACAGUUCCAAUGUGGGUAAGGGCAAAGAGGACUUUGCAGGAGGAGGAGGUGAUUACUGCUGCAUCUUACCUUGAGGGUAAGGCAGCCAAAUGGCUGGAUGGUAUAGUAGUGAAGGCCGGGUACGGACGAUGCAUGGCAGAUUGGGGUAAAACCCUUACAUUAGAAGAGUUUUUGGAUAUGGUAGAUGCUCGCUGGCACAAUCCGCAGCAGGCACAAAUUGCCACUGACGCGAUGUUGAGACUGAACCAGCGAAAGUACAAGUCAGUCAGAGAGCUAACGUCUACCGUAGAUAACCUUAUUGUCGUACCCGGUAUACGCUAUGAUGACCAGGUCUUAUUGAUCAUGUUUCUGAGAUGUCUGCCCGAGAAUCUCAGGACCUUACUGGCCAGCGAGGCUCGCCUCGAGUAUCAUUCGUUUGAGACCUUCUCUAGAAAGGCCUUAGAUUUGGAGUCUACUCUAGGAAGUGCCCAACCUACUCCAGUAGACGGGAGGAAGAAGAAGAGUCCACAGGAGUGGAAGAAGAAGGGGAGUCGAUUGAUGAUGGUUGAGUCUGAUGGAACCCAAACCGAAAUCGAUGAGCUUUCUGACCUGAUGGACAGUACAAAGUAUGACGGCGAGGAAACCGCUGAGGGUAGCACACUCGCCGCAGUAGUAAAGACUAAGGCAGGUGGUCGAGGAAAGGGCCAUCAAAAGAGUCAAGGGCAGGCUGCCUCCAAUCAGGCCAAAGUUGCUGAUUGGGUCAAGGCAGGUCUUGAUCAGGAAGUGUGGCGAGACCGCCAAGUGCGUGGUGCUUGCAUAAGCUGUGGUGAAUACGGACACACCCAGUACAAGUGCAAGAACGCAAAGGUCACGCAGAAGAUACCCCCUAAGGGAGGGGUGCCUUCUUCCCAGGCUUCCAGCUCGGUAAACACAUACGGUCUGUACGAGUUUGUGGUGAUGCCCUUUGGCCUUUGCAAUGCGCCGGGUACAUUCCAACACGCCAUGAAUAGGAUCUUCCAUGACUACUUAGAUAAGUUUGUCGUCGUGUACCUUGACGAUAUUCUCAUCUUUAGUAAGUCUGUUGAGGAGCAUGUAAAACACGUAGAGACUGUACUAUCACUCCUGCGACAACACAAGUAUAAGGUCAACCUAGAGAAAUGUGAGUUUGGACGCACUAGGAUCUUGUACUUGGGUCAUGAGGAAUCCGUGGAAGGAAUUAGGCCGGAAGAUGCGAAAGUGGCUAGUAUAAGGGACUGGCCACGACCUCAGACUGUUACUGAGGUCAGAUCUUUCUUAGGGAUGUGCGACUACUAUAGGAACUUUGUGAAGAAUUAUUCCACAGUCGCCUCUCCUUUGGCUGAUCUAACUCGACUUGACACGCCGUGGGACUGGAGUGAUGACUGCGAGGCUGCUUUCAAACGAUUGAAGCAUGCACUCAUGAAUCAUGAGGUUCUCAUGGUACCCGAUCCUCAGAAGCCUUUCAUUGUAACCACUGACGCAAGCCAAUACGACAUUGGCACAGUGCUGGCUCAGCAGGAUGGGAAAAAGUUGAGACCGAUUGAGUACAUGAGCAAGAAAAUGCCGUCAAAGAAACUGGCAAAGUCCACCUACGAAAGGGAACUCUAUGCUCUCUACAAGGCACUUGUCCAUUGGAGGCACUUUCUGUUGGGGCGGUUUUUCUAUUUGAGAACUGACCAUCAGACCCUUAAAUGGAUCAAGACUCAACCGGCUCUUUCUGAUGCACUCAAGCGUUGGAUUGAGGUCAUAGAUCAGUAUGACUUCAAGCAAGAGUAUCUGAAGGGGGAGUACAACAAGGUUGCAGAUGUGCUGUCACGAAGGGCAGACUACCUAGGGGCGCUAGUUUCUGAGUUUGGUUUAUCUGAGGAAUUAACUCAAUCGCUAGUGGGAGUCUAUCAGGAAGACCCUGUCACGAUGGACAUCAUACGCAAACGUCAGGCGAGAGAUAAGGCCGUAGAAGAUGAGUUUGUGAUGGUGGAUGGGCUACUCUUUCUUGACAAGGCCGGGUUUAAGAGAUUAGUGAUUCCAUCUAGUGAACGUUUGCGUAGUUUAUUCUUAGGAGAAUGUCAUGACGCAACCGGGCACUUUGGCUACAAAAAGACGAGUGUCAAUCUUGUACAGCGAUUUUGGUGGCCCGGGAUGCUAGAAGAUGCAAAGAAGUAUGUGGAGACCUGUCAGGUCUGUCAGCGGGACAAGCCGCGAACUCAAGCACCGCUUGGGUUGCUGAAGCCCUUACCUAUCCCCGCUGGUUCGGGACAGAGUGUUUCCAUGGAUUUCAUGGACACCCUGGUGACCAGUAGGAGUGGCAAGAGACACAUCUUUGUUAUGAUAGACCGAUUCACCAAGUACGCUAGACUAAUUGCCAUGCCAGAGACCGCAAGGACUGAACACGUCAUCAAGUUGUUUAUGGACAACUGGGUGGGUGAUUUUGGACUACCAAAAUCAAUCGUUAGUGACAGAGAUGUCCGUUUCACAAGUGAGCUGUGGAAGAAGACUGCUGAGCAGAUGGGCAGUCAACUUCAGAUGACUUCAGGGAAUCAUCCCGAAGCAAACUGACAGGCCGAGCAGAUGAACAGAGUUGUACAACACCUGCUGAGGCAUUAGAUCAAGCCCAGCCAGGAUGACUGGGAUGAGAAGUUGCCUCUCAUCGCCAGCCUGUACAACAACGCUGUCCACAGCAGUACCGGCGUUAGUCCUAAUCAGCUGCACUUGGGAUGGAAGCCUAGAUCACCUCUGGACUUCCUCGUGCUUGAAAACCGACCCUGUGCAACUCUGGGCACACUUGAGUAUGGUGUGCAGUAUGAGAAGUUGCUACAACAAGCUGUUGAGCACAUCAAGAAAUCUCCGGAAGCAAUGAUUGCUUCUGAGAACAAACAUCGUCGACAGUC